AUGAGCCAUUUAUUGGCAUCUUCAUUAAAUAAUCGAAAAAAACUAGCAGAUGGGGAUCCUACAACAACAACAUUAACAUCCACGACUCCCACCGUUUUUCAAUCAAAUUUAGCUUGUGUUUUAAAUGAUCCAAAAAAAACGCGUGCAGAAAUUUCAACAUUUUUUACUAAAACAUGGGGUAAUUCAUUUAUUGAUCGUUUGCCUGAUCCAUUGACACGUCUUGGUGAUUAUAGUCUUAAUGAUUUUGAAACAUAUUUUAAUAGUCUACGUAAAAGUGAAAAAUAUGGUCGACCACGUUUACGACAACAUUCAUCUAAUGAUUCAAAUGUUUCACAAAAAACAAAUUCAGUUAUUAACAUUCCACAAUUGUUUCUUUCAUCACAGUUUACAUUAAGUGAUACAUCAACAUUUAAUCUUGUUUUUCCAGGAAUUAUUCCAGUAAGUCGCACAUUAUCUCCAAUACACUUUGAACAACAAAAACCAAGAACAACAUCAACAAGUAGUGAUAAAUCUGAAGGAAAUUAUAGAAGACAAUCAACAUCAUCAACAAGUAACAGCAAAUCAACAACCAAUGGAACUCUUAGUGUUUCAAAUUCUUCAUCACCAAAACAUUCAAUAAGCUCAACAACACGUUUAUUACAAGAUAAAUACACACAUUAUUUAGAUGAAGUUGAGUUAUUAAUAACUCGAGCAUUAUCAACAAAAUCUCACUGUUUUCAUGAUGCUGUUCGUUCUCAUGAUGAAAUUCAAUCAUUUUUAAAUACAACACGUCAUGCAAUAUCAUCACUUCGCGGGGAAUUAUCGAAUUAUGAUUCUCAAUCAUUAUUAAGACUUCUUCGUCUUUAUCGUUUACUUCGUCAAAGACAAAAUCAAAGACAACUUCUUAAACGUUUAGAAUCCUUAUCAGUUGUUAAACAAACUCAUAUGCAAGUUCGAGCUUUAUUAACAACAAGUGAUUAUUUAUCAGCUUUGGAUUUAAUUGAGGAAACACGAGAAAUUAUUUCAACGCAAUUAAAUGAUCUUAUUUGUUUAAGAUUUUAUGAUGCACAAUUAAAUGAAUUUUAUUUAUUAAUUGUUAAUCUCAUGAGACAAGAAUUUGGACAAUAUUUAACUAAUCAGUUAUUAACGCAACAAGAUUUAACAUUACCAAAUGAUUAUAUUGAAGAAGAUAAAUUGAUAACGAUUCUUAUUGGAUUAAUUCGUGUUAAAGAUGAGAAAUACAUUGAUGAAAUUCGAUCAAAAUUUGAACAAUUUAUGCUGGAUAUUAUUGAACGAGCAUUAUCAUCAAAUCCAAAAGAUAAUUUUGUGGAAAAAUCAAAUAAAACAGCAAUUAAAAAUAACAGUGAACAAUCUUCAUCAAACGAAGAAUCUUCUACAACCACUCGAUACACAUUUCCAUCAUCAAUGAGUUCAAAUUCAGGUUCAUUUUCUUCAUGGAUUCGAUCAGCUAAUUUAAUAUUAACGUCAACUGAACAAGGUCUUAAUCGUCUUAGAAAUCUUUCUCAAUAUAUAAAUGAUGCACUUUUAAAACAUCACCUAAACAAUAUUCCAUCAAUAACAUUAUUAUUACAUAAUAUUUAUGAUACCAUAGAAGAUCGUCUAACUAUUGUAUUAACUCAAGAAUGUACACGUUGUCAAGUUCAUUUUGAACGUUUAUCACUUGAUGAGUAUGCACAAAUGGUUAAAUUAAUUGAAAACUUUAUAUCCAAUGUAAAUGGUUACGACAAAAAAUAUAAAUCUCGACCAUUAAAAACAUUUUUACAAUCACAAACAAGUAAAUUUUUAACGCAUUUUCAUGAUGAAAGAAAACAACGUGUUGCAAAUACAUUAGAUAAUGAACAAUGGAAACAAGUUCCGGUUCCUCGUUCAAUUCAAAAUUCAAUUGAUGAACUUUUUAAGUUAUCAUCUUCAAUAAAUCCAAAUAGUUCAGAAACAUUAAUUAUUGAUAAUGAAAGUUUUGUUUUGUCAAAUAGUGCUCUUCAUUUGUUUAUGUUGGUGCUUGAUUAUUGUUCAUGUGCUCAACUAUUAGCUUCAUCAUCUAUAAAUGAUGUUGAACAUCGUCUUAUUGAAUUAUUGAAUCUAUUUAAUUCUAAAACAUGUCAAUUAGUAUUAGGUGCUGGGGCUGUUAAAUUAGGAAAAAUUAAAACUAUAUCAGCAAAAAUUCUUGCUAUUACAUGUCGAUGUUUACAAUUUAUUAAAAUAACUUUACCAAAAAUAAAAGCCCAUUUUGAUCAAUUAAAGGCUUUAUCUGAAUCUCCAUCGACAAUUUCAUCAAUAUCAUCUGCUAAGCAAUUUGAACAAUUAACAAAACUUUAUUCAGAACAUAUUGAUGAAAUUCAUGGAAAAUUAAUAUCAAUAAUUGAAAAUACAUUUGAUGAAACACUUUCAUCAUAUGAAGUUCGUGCGCCCAUGCCAAGUGAUUGUUUUCGCACGCUUGUAACACGACAUAUAACUGCUUUUUAUAACGCUGUUGCACGUAUUGUUUCACCUAGUGAUCUUAUUCUGCUUUUUACUCGUCUUAAUUCAAUAUUUAAACAAUUAUUAGCAAGACGUUUACGUCAAUUAAGAAUUGCUAAUGAUGGUGGACCUCAACAUGGACUUUUAACAAGUGAUCUUUUGUAUUAUAUUAAACAAGUUCAAAGUUUUCCUGGACUUGAAAUGUUAGAAUUACAUGUUGACGAAAUUUGGACGACAAAUUAA